UUCCACAAUACCAUACAUUUGUUCUUGAUGCGAUGAUGCGAUGAUAUCCUGACGAAAAUAUGGUGUUGAGAGCAAUUUUAAAGUACUUGGCCAAUCACCCUCAAUUAGUAGAUUCACUUGCAGAAUCUAGAUUUAUGAGAAGACUGGCACAGAUGACAGCAUAUGGAAUUAAUAAAGCUAAUGAAAUUGGUCAUGAAGCAUUAGACAAAGCUGCCGAGUCUGAAACGCUGAAGAAGAUGGCAGACGAGACCCAUGAGCCUCAAGGUGACCUGUCAUCAUUUGGGAAAACCUUUGCUAAGGAGCUGAAGCAAGAAAUGGACAAGGCGAGGGAAGAUGCUAAAAAGAUUAAAUGACCAUGGUGGUUGGUGGACAGCUAGAGGUUUAAGAAAGGACCAGAGAAGAAGCUUGAAAUUGUGAUCAUUAUUGAUCAUUAAGAUUAGAGAGAACUGUAAGGUGUCAUAUGUGGUGACAGAAAUUUCAGAAGUAACAUUUUGUUCAUCAGAGUUCCCACACAGGAGGUUGACCAAACACUUGUGCUUAUAACAAAGUAAAAAAAAAUGCCCCAUGAGUGAAGGAAGCAGAAUGGUUUUUAUUCACCUCUGACGAAAUGAAUCAUGCUAUUAGAACCCGACUUCUAUUAUUAAAAUGGAAUACUUUUGCCAAAUUGAUUUUUAGAUGUAGAAGUAUAACUCCAGAUUGAAGGGGAGGGGGUGGGGGCUCUGGAUGAAUAGUUUUCUUGCUGUAAAAAGACAUUAUGGGGGCUGAGUGUGAUUUAGCCUUAGAAAUGUUCUAAAUAGUUAAAUAUUUAAAGUUGCAAGAUGGUCUGUGUGAGUUACCCAAUUCAGUCGGCUAUUUGAAAUAAACAGCUGCGAGGAACCCCCCCCCCCCUAGAUCUGGACAUAUAGAAAAUGUUGAUUCUUCUUUUUUUUUGUAAUUGAAAACUUUAAAGUUUCUUUGGAUAUAUUUUGUAUUGAUACUUGGGUGGUCAUCUUAUUGGAUUCUGUUCGAACUCAUUUUGAGAUGAUCACCAAAGCUGGAAUUUAUGUCUGAAAUGAGAAUGAAACCCAUAGAAUAAGUUACUAGUAGCUUGUAUGAAAAUAGAAAAAAUAAAAGAACAAGAUAAAUGAAAUUUGAAAACAAUAAUAAUGUUAAUGGCAUUUGAAUGUUGAAAUCACUUAUGUCAUGGAGAUCCUCCUAUUGGAAAUGCGACCAAAAUUUUUGAUGUCAAACAAGUACAACUCUACCCUUUGUACACUGAAAAUAUAUCUCCAAACUUUUGCUUAUAUUCUAAGGAUAGUACAAAGUGAAAAAAAUUGAUCUACAGAUAUAAUUAAAAAAAAAAAUUAAGUUGAAUAUGCAGAAGAGUGAUGGGGGGGGGGGGGGGGGGUUACAAGUCUGACAUACCACAUGUUGAUCACAUUGCCAAGGGGAGGAUGUCCUCAUCAUUUAUAGUUAUCUCUACAUUCAAAUGCUCAUAACUUAUCAUUACCCAAAUUUUUCUUAACUUGCACAUCGUUUCUUUGAUUUGUCUGUUUUCACAGAAGCUAACUUGUUCCAAGGUGGUCAUUUAAAUUUGUCAGAGGCCCUAUUAAUCAUAUGCACUGUUGAGAAUAAUCUCAAGUUGACUAUCAAUUUAUUCAGUGGCAACUCUUCAGAAGACAAGAUCUUGAUAAGUAAAGUGUUUUGGAUCAUAAUCUCAGUAAUAUUUCUAGGGCACUGAUUCAUUAAGCUGUUAAAAUCCACAUGUCUGUAGGACUGGAAAAUGUUUUGGGUUCAAAAUCAAAGUAACAUUCCCAUCAGCUCAACCUUCAGCGAGAGUUCAAAUAUGAUUUUUGUAGAUAUAAUUCCUGACAGCGAAAAAAUUACACCGGGGAUUGGGGCGAGUUUGCCCAUGAGAUAAUCAAAAGAGCCCUUGAAACUUAAAAAAGGAAUCCUGAAAAAUGCCCAUUUGUUGCAAUGCUAAAGCUUAUCCAAUGUUCCAGAUUCAGGUAGAAAGAGGUGAAAAGUAGCCCCUGAAAAUCAUUUUUUUUUGCCUGCUACACGUACAAUGUAUGUGUGUGUUAUAAGGUUGAAAGGUGAGCUCUUGAUUUAGUGUAAGCAUUUUCCAUUUGUUCAUAACUUUAUUUAUAUACAAAGAGCUUUAUGAAUGAAACAAUCCCCUAGUGAUUUCUAUUGUACGGUGGAAGCUCAAUAAUACAAAUGCCAUUCAUACUGGCCCAUAAUAUAACCCAUUUUAUCAUUGUGAUCAAAAUAAUUUGUUAAAUUAUAAACUUUGUAAGAUUUCUGAAUAUGGGUCUAGAUCAUGAAAGUCAACAAACAUUGAGAUAUUAUCCAAGUGCAUUGCUAUCCUGAGAAAGUUUGCCUGAAUUCUUCCAGGGUUUUUCCAUAAAUUUUGUAAUGGAUUUGUGAUAAUUUUUUUAUCAGCCAAUGAAAUGCCAAGGUUUCAGGAGCUUUUAAUCAUUAUCAUGAUUUUAUUGCAACUGUAAGAAUACUGAACUUCAAUGUAAGCUUGUGCAGGUUUUCGUUUACCACUCUGUAGUCUGUUUCUCAAUGACAGUUUUUUUUCCCCUUGGCACUUUGCUUCCUAGUUGGGAAAUGUAUAGAUGAAGGAUCAUCCGCAUGAAUUUCAUUGACCAAGGACGCUAUUCAAUUGCAAUAAUGUGUACAUUACUGUUAUAUUAUGCAAGUAUUUAAUAAAACAAAAAUAUGUUAUUUUAUCAAAGAAA